AUGCCACUCGCAAAUCAGACAAGAUUGAGCCAGUUGACAGAAAGCAAAAUCAAAGAGUAUCGCGAGGCGUUCAACCUGUUUGACAAGAACCAUGACGGUAUUAUUACCACGCAGAAGCUAGGUCGCGUGCUAAGGGCCAUGGGCCUGAACCCCACCGAGAUCGAGAUACAGGAGAUGAUAGACGACGUGGAUCCCGAGGACACCGGAUGCCUCGACUUCGACAGCUUCCUGAACAUCGUGGCGAGCCGGAAGUUUGACGACGAGGACCACGAGGACGCGCUCAAGGAGGCCUUCCGGAUGUUUGACAAGGAUGGCAACGGAUACAUCGACGCGGAGGAGUUACGCGUGUGCAUGAUGAACCUUGGCGAAAAGCUAACGCUAGAGGAGGUAGAAGAAAUGAUCCGGGAGGUCGACAUUGACUUUGAUGGCCGCAUGAAUUAUGAAGAGUUCGUCCAACUGAUGUGCUCAAAGUAUGCCCUGGAAUAA